UCUAGAGCCGGGGAGAGGCGGAAUGACACCGGUCCGGCUCUGAAACAAGCAGCAGCAAAGUAGUAGCAAGUAGCAAGCAGUCUUUGGUGGUUAGCUCGAGUGUUCUCAGUAGCGCGACUCCGUUUCAGUCGCGCGAAAGCAGCCGACAGUUGCACGUGCUCACGGACCGGAUUACAAUCGCCACCAUCCAUGGGUUACCAGUACCCACUCUCGCAUCUGGAUACUUUGAAUUGACCACGAGAAAAUGGAAAUGCACAAAAACCCCAAUGGGAAGAGGAAUUCUUUGCGUGGUGACGAAAAUUCGCUGAAGGAACCUCACAGAAAUGGUAGCACGUACGGAGCCUUCCAAUCGAAGGACCCUAUUCUGGCUGUGGAAAAGGGCUCCGAAAUGGAAGGCGGAAGCGACGAGCAUGGAAUUUCCGUUCACCAUCCGACCUCGUAUUUAGAAACAAUGAUGCACCUGUUCAAAGGUAACGUCGGCUCGGGUAUGUUUGCGUUAGGGGAUGCUUUCAAGCAUGCCGGACUGCUGCUGGCUCCGCCGCUUACGAUGUUCCUCGGGGUUAUUUGUGUUCAUGCUCAGCACAUUCUCAUUAAGUGUAACGAAGAGGUGACGCGUCGCGUUAAUGAUCCGAGUGCCUCGACUGGAUUCGCUGGUACAGUGGAAUUGUGCUUUGCCACCGGCCCUCUUUCACUCCGAAAAUACUCUGUGUUUAUGAGACAAUUGGUUAAUAUAUUUUUAUGUAUCACGCAACUUGGAUUUUGCUGCGUUUAUUUCGUUUUCAUUGCCAAGAAUAUGAAGCAGGUGUUGGACGUGUACGGGAUCGAGAUGAGCGUUCACGAACACAUGGCUGUGAUCCUGAUCCCCAUAAUGCUGAGCACGUGGAUCAGAAACCUCAAGUACCUGGUACCUGUUUCGUCGAUGGCGAAUUUCCUGGUCACGGCGGGCUACAUCGCCACCAUGUAUAUAAUGUGCCACGAUUUGCCGCCGAUUCGCGAGAGGCGGUACAUAGCCGAUUGGCACGAGCUGCCCCUGUUCUUUGGCACUGUGAUAUAUUCUUUCGAGGGUAUCACUUUGGUGUUACCGCUGAAGAAUGAAAUGAAGAAACCUAGCAAUUUCAAUAAGCCACUGGGUGUCCUAAAUGUGGGAAUGGUGAUUGUUGGAGCGAUGUUCGUCGCGAUUGGUUUUAUUUCGUAUUUAAAAUAUGGCGACGCGGUGGCUGGAUCUGUAACAUUGAAUCUUGAAUCGAAAGAAGUGGUGGAUGGAAAAAUCAUCGUCGAGCAUACAAGCUUACCGCAGUGCAUACAAGUUGCCAUUUCGUUGAGUAUAUUACUCACCUACGCACUGCAAUUUUACGUUCCGAUUGCGAUCAUUUGGCCGAAGAUCGUCAACCGAUUUGGCCCGUUCAAGUGGCCUGUUCUUGCAGAGACUGUUUUCCGUUCCGCGAUGUGUCUUCUGACAUUUAUCCUAGCCGAGGCUGUACCUCAAUUAGGCCUAUUCAUAUCCUUGGUCGGUGCAGUAAGCAGCACUGCCCUAGCAUUGAUAUUCCCACCGAUCAUCGAGAUGGUUGUAUGCUGGCAAAACGCUUCUUUAGGCUUUUGCACGAUAUCGAAGGACAUCGUGAUAGUACUGAUCGGCCUUCUAGGAUUCGUCACCGGGACAUACGAGAGCCUGAACUCGAUCAUUCGGGCGUUUAGCACAUAAUUAGUAAAUAGUUCUCGUUGUAUAAUAUCGUCGUUAUCUUUAAUUGUACGUACACGCGCGGAACUAACGGAUCAUGACAUUUACGCGAGCAUAUAGGCAAUGAUUAUACAUUAUAUCUCUUCUUGGACAAAGCCGGGACACUUUCGAAAUUCAUUAGAUUUAGAUCUUCUUGAUAAUAGUCUUAUUAUUAUUCGUUAGUCUAGCACGUAUUUUUUGUUUCGAACGAUCGUACAUUAAAUUCUUUUACAUGUCGUCCGUCGACUUCCAGAAUAGAAUUUUCGUCAUCUGUGAUCUGUCUUUACAUUGAUAAAACCGUUAGAAUUUUAUAGUUCCACGAACAGGGUAACAAAUCGUGUUUUUCAAAACUGUUGCUGUUACCAAUUCGAAUUGGGCCAUUUUGUACUUUUAUUGAUGUUGAAAUUGUACUAAUAUUGAAUUUAAGAUAUCAAUUUUUGUACAGAUUUUUACAUUCGCUAGGAUUUCUUUGAUUUUCGAACGAAACGAUAAGAAAUUCCGGUGAAAUUGGUAACCGCAAUCGAGUUGUCGUCUGUAACAUAUCAUCGCCUAUAUUGUAAAUUAACAUUGUUAGUUGUUUGUGUUCUGAACGCGACGUAAAUCUUAGAUUUAUAUACCGUAGAUAAUGUCUAGACUUACUCAGUUAGAUCUACGAAUCCUCUGUAUAAAAAAAUAUGUAAACUGACUGUUAUUGCAAUUACACACGCGAUACUCAUACGUAAGCACACUUACGUAUACAUACGCACACAUAUAGCUCGUACGAAUGAAUUGGAAAACAAAGAAAAGAAAUUUGAAAUUUGGAAAUUUUGGUAUCGCAAAGAAAAAAAAGAAAAAGAAAAGAGCAUCGGUAAAUCCAUUGUAAAAUGUACAGAUAAAAUCAUACUCGACGAUCGUGUGAUAUGAAAAAAAAAAAAAAAAAAAGAAA